AUGGGUGGGUGUAAAGAAUCGACAGAUACAUGCACCAACAAAACUUGCCGUGGCUAUGAAGUUGACAUUAUGCACUUCUCCAUUGGAAAUGCUAUUCCAGGUCGGCUGUAUGGAAAUAAUCUGAUAGACAACGUAGAUGGGAAUGGCGGUGAUAGGUAA